AUGGAAAAGUCAACUCUAAAUAUCCCAUCAUACAUCCAAGAACCAAACUAUCGUUAUUAAAUGCCGCGAAUGAUUUUGAAGAUAGAAGGUAAAGGAAAUGGAAUCAAAACUAAUGUUGUUAAUAUGAAUGAAGUGUCUAAAGCAUUAAGAGUUCCAACUGAAUAUCCUUUAAAAUUUAUGGGUAUUGAAUAUGGUUCUUAAAUUAUUUUCAAAGAAAAAGGUAAUGAUGUUUCAACUAUUAUUAAUGGAUCUUUUAAGGAAGAAUAACUUUAAAAAACAUUAGAUAAGUUCAUAGAAAAAUAUGUUUUAUGUCCUAAAUGCAAAUAUCCUGAAUUUGUUUUAAGAGUAAAAUAAAAUACAGUAUGUGGAAAAUGCGAUUCUUGUGGAGAAAGAGCAAAAUGUGAUAAUACACAUAAAUUUGCAAGUUAUAUAAUAAAAAAUCCUCCAAAACUAAGAGGAAUAAAUAAAGAAGAAUAAAAAAAUCAAAAAGAAGAAAUAGUUCCAGUAGGUUAAGUACCUGUACCAGCAGAUAAAUAAAAAGACUUAAAGAAAGAGAAGAAAGUUGAAGAAAAAGAUUUAGUAAAAAAUAUUAAAAAAUUAGAAGCAAGCGAUUUAUUAUUAGAAAGUGAAAAUCUUAAAAAUAAAGUUGAACAAUUAACUGAAUGUAUUAAAGGUUAAAGGAAUUAAGCUAAUAUAAUAAAAGAAAUAAAAGAUUUCUAAAUAAAUAAAGGAUUAGAAAAUUAAAUAUCACAUAUUGUGUUUUAAUCUAUUUUUACUGUCAAUAUUGCACAUGAAGUAGAUUGUAAUGCUGAAUUAUUACAAAAGUUAUAUAGUAAGUUAAAAAUUUAAAAAAUGGAAGAUGAUAUUUUAUUGAAUUUAUAAUACUUCUUUUAUAAAACUUAUCAAAAUUAAGAUUUUACACAAUAUAUUCCUACUAUUUUAAAAAUAUUUUAUGAUAAUAAUCUCAUUUCAGAAUAAAUUAUUGUUGAUUGGGCCGAUAAUAAAAUUGAUCUUAAAGAUCAUUUCCUUUAUAAUGAAAUUUUUAAUAAUAAAUUUAAAGAAGAUACUAACCAAAUCGUUGAAUGGCUUAGAAAUGCUGAUUAUGAUGAAUAAGAAGAAGAAGUAAUAGAAGAAACUGAAGAAUAAAAAUAAGCAUAAAAUUGA